AUGACCGCUCCAGUAGAUGCCAAUGCUGCCUCGCCGAUCAAUGACCCUCAGCCCCGCCUUUCGCCCGAGAUCUGCGAGCGCAUCAUCGACCAUCUCGAUCCAUUUUGGCCCCUAAGCAGACGGACUCUGUUGAACUGCGCCCUCGUCUGCCGAGGAUGGUAUGCUGAGAGCCGCGUGGUCCUUUUCGAGAUGCCCGUGCUCCGCACUCGGGAAGAGGCGAUUGCCUGUGCGAGGUCACUGACGCAGAUACCUCUCCUCGGUGCACGUUUACGACAUUUAACGAUUGCGGACCCUUCAGGUCCAAAGUCGGCAUCGAUUCUCGUGAUGCUGGCGGGAAAACUUCCAAAGCUGGCCUCGCUUCACUUCUACUCCGUCAGCUUCGAGCACUGCUCUAUGCGCAAUUCAGCAUUUUGGAGCUUGCACGAAUUCAAUAAAAUCACAUCAUUGCAGCUAGUGAGAGUGACGUUGCCAUCGGCGAGACCCUUCUUCCAGGUCAUCUGCUCAUUUCCUCGUCUUGAGCACCUUUUUUGCCAGGAUCUGCGCUGGAGUGUAGCGAGGUCCACGGCUCCACUGCCUGAACACCACCACAUGCCUUUGACGAGAGUGGCUUCCCUUGAGUAUGACCUGUCGUGCUUCGAAGGCAUUGGACAUAUUCUCCUCGGUCUGCUGGAUCAAGCUAUCCUCGAAACACUCGACUUACAUCCACAAGUCUCUGCGGCGGCUCUUGCUUUUACUCAACACAUGCUGGACAUCGCUGGCAAGAGACUCAAGGAUAUAACAAUCACUUUCCGGGCAUCAAAGGAAGACGGCCGUAGCAACAUCCAGCCCUUGCUCUUAUUCGUGCUUACGGACACCAAUUUCCGAGUGACGCUGAGGGCGUUGAAGGCCAAACAACUGACCAACAAGCAGCCUCGUCCAGCCGAGCAAGCCGCCACAUAG